AUGGCCAAUUUUGCGGUGAACAACGGUGCGAACGGCGCUGAGGGAGGCUGGAAGCUGAGUUCUGAGCGCACGAGCAGGCUGGGAUUCACCGUGACCAUCAGCCUCGUGUUAAUCGCCACCCUUGCCGCAAUAGCGGUCACCGAGCUGCACCCGGCGGGCAAGUCGUGCGCAGAGUGCCCGGCAUGCCCGGAGCCGCAGCAGCCCGAGCCAUGUCCAGAGCAGCAGCCCUGCCCAGCGCCAGACGCAGCCGCGGCUACCGGCAGCACCCAAGCCACGGCAGGCACAGGCGGGGGCAAGGGUGGCAAGGCGCCCUCGCUGCCCGACCCGCUGGCGGUGCUCCGGGCAUCGCCCUGGGAGCCCUCACUGCCGGAGCACGAGCUUCUGAAGGGAUUGGUGUCUUACGGCGACAUGUCCCGCAUGCGCCGCUUCUUCACAAAGCUGCUGUCCGGCCAGGCCGUCACCGUGGUGUCCAUUGGCGGCAGCGUGUCGUGGGGGCACGGCGCCAGCGUCCGCGGCCAGACCGACCUGCCUGCCCUGGUCUUCCAGUGGAUGAAUGCCACCUUCCCCCACCCCCAGCACAAGUUCCUCAACCAAGCCAUUUCUGCCACGCCCUCCAAUUACUUCACGCUCUGCCUCCAGUGGCACGUGCCCCCUGAUGCUGACCUGGUCCUGAUGGAGUUCAACCCCAAUGACGGACCCGACAAGGGAGACAUGCCGAUCCGGAGGGCGCACGAGCGGCUCAUCCGCAAGCUGCUGGUGCACGACCGGCGGCCGCCGCUGCUGGAGGUCAUCUUCUGCUACUGGGCCCUGGACUGGAUGGAGAGCGCAGAGAUACCCUACCGGAUGGGUGGUGACGAUGAGCUGGGGGUGCUUUCGCAGUAUUACCACCUCCCCUUUGUCUCCGACCGCUCGCUGCUGUGGGAUGCGGUGUAUGCCAAGGGCAGCCCCAACUACACAGCAGAGGCGCCCUGGCCCUACUUCCACCACGACAGGAACCACCCCAACGAUGUUGGACACAGGUAUCUGGCUGAGAUGGUGAUCCUGUACAUGCGGCGGGUGCUGGAGGAUCUGUCGCUCCGGCCCUUCAGCGACACAGACGAGGAGGCGAGCCAGGCGCCCCUACCGCCGCCCAUGCUGCGGAACAACUGGCCAAACAUAAACAACUCGUGCCUGGUGGGCAAGCUGUUUGGCGAACAUGUGGUGGCCAGCCGCGGGUUCAAGUGGAUGAACGACGGGACGAAGGAGAAGCCCAAGUGGGGCUGGGUGGGCACCACGCCCAACUCCACGCUGCGGUUCGAGAUCAACACAGCCACGGCCAGGGCCGUGCAAUCUGGGGCCAUGGAGGAGGGCGUCGCCACGCACGUGGGCGUGUUGCACCUGCGCAGCUAUGAGCACAUGGGAAUAGUGGAGUUCCGAUGCGUGGCGGGCUGCGACUGCCAGCCGCUCAACAUAGACGGCCUGCACGAGGGCAAGUUCUCGCAGGUGUAUCACACCGCCUGGCCCGUGACGCGCGCAGAGAAGUGCGUCAUCGAGGCGCGCACCCUGGAGGACACGCGGUCGGGGGAGCACAAGGUGCGCAUAGAUGGCGUGAUCGUGUCUGAGGUGGCGGGCGAGCACGAGCUGAAGGACGACCGGAUACACGUCGACUUUAACGCGCCCGACGGAGUGGGACAGUUUGAGUGGUGA